AGACUUCCUGAAGAAGAGGACGUGUGAAGUCCAGGCCUUCCUCAAAGCCAUCCAGCUCUACCGACAGGACAAAGGCAGAUACGAGUCAUGGGACAUGCUGAUAGGAAGUGAUGUCAGGGUCAUGUCCAACCUGGUGAUGGAGAAGCUGCUGCCGGCGCUGCAGAGAGACCUGCUGCCUCGCCUCAGAGCCCGGAGAACUGAGAAGAAGAGAGUUUGGUUUGCUACGAUGGAGGCGGCCUACAUCCUGGUCCAGGAGCAUCUGCUGCACGGCCUGUCGGUGCUGAAGGUGUCCUGCAGGACUUCGGCCCGGCAGCAGGAGGUUCUGAUGCACUCUGACAUGGACCAGAUCAUCAACACGAGACGACAGCUGGAGGAGAAGAUCCGAGCUAAAGUGUCCAAGCCUGCGGAGAGGCUCUGCUCCGAGUCCGUUCAGCCAUAUCUGGGCUCGGUUCUGGAGGAGAUGAUGGAACCCAUCAGCUCCGGGUUUCUAGAGGGCCGACAGCUCAGUGAAACCAUGAUGGACCGGGCCUCUCAGGACGUGCUGCAGGGAGCCGAGUACGAAGAUCUGAAGAAGGUUCUGGUCGACAUGGCGAGAGCCGGCCUGCUGAGCUGCUACCAGAACAUGGGAUCUCUGCAGGACAAACUGCAGCACCUGCAGGGGAGAUUUGGCUUCUUCAACAUCACCAGAGUGGUCCACAGCGCCCAGGUCGACCUGCAGCAGCUGAUGAAGAACGCCGCCUACACCUUCCAGCUCCUGCUCUGUAGGAUCAUCGAGGACGAACCGGAGAACGCCGCUUCCGUCAUCGAAAAGGCCAAACAUCGCGUGCUGAAGCAGUACGACUACGACAGCAGCACGGUGAGGAAGAGGAUCUUCCAGGACGCGCUGGUCUCCGUCACGCUGCCCUUCAUCAAGGACAACCUGAGUCCCAUCUGCAAAACCGAGCUUCAGACUCUUGAACAGAACAUCUUUGCUGACUAUUCCAACUUCAUCCACGUGGAGAACGUUUAUGAAAGCAUCCUCCUGGAGAUCCUGGACAAGGAGGUCUCAAAAGUGGUGAAGGAGGCGGCCAGCCUCCACAAACACAACCUGUUCACCGACAGCAGCCGCUCCAGCCUCUCCUCUCCACCCGUCUCCACCCCUAACAGCCCCGCCCUCCCCCUGGCCUCCCCCGUUAGCCCCAAGCCCGAGGUCCUGCCCCUGUCUCCUCUGGUGGUCAAAGGUCUCCCUCCAGGUCUUCAGAGAGAUGUGUCCCCUGAUGCGACCGAGAUCAUCACGCCGCUGGGACGGGUGGAACCAAAAGGAGAGGAGACAUCUGGAGCCAGUCAGUGGGCGGAGCUACCCGCAACCAGAGAACAUGAAAUCCAAACUAUGAAGGAACCAGAAUAUGAACCGAACCUGUCUGAGAACCAGGACAGCUCUGCCCCACAGACGCUGGUCCAAACGGAGACAGCUGCUCAGCUGGACGUGCAGGACACCAAAGAGCCACCAGGGGGACAAACGUCUCCCAGUCCAGUAGGAAGGUUAAAGUCUGAAGCAGGUCAGACGGAGGACCUGGAUCAGACAGGAGAACCCUUCCAACCUUCAGCUGAGGGGUCCAGGUCUGAGGAAACGCUGCAGAGCCGCAGCUCCAAGGACAAGCUAGAGGCGCCCUCUGGUGGUGAGGAGGCAGAAGACCUCACAUCCCAGCAGGAGGAGACUGGAUCUGUCACGGCUUCAGACCCAAACUCUCUGGAUGUGUCGGUGGGAAGUGACUCCCCCCCUUCGGAGCCGGGAUCCACAGGGGACGCCUCAAGCAUCUCUGAAGGCUCAGAGGUCGCUGGAAAAGACCCAGAACUGUCCCCCGAGACCCCGACGGAGGCUGGAGCCAACGUGCACACUGACGUGCACAUCCCUGCAUCCUCUCCGUCUCCCGAACCCCCCCCCAGUCCUGAGACCCCUCCUCCAGACUGCAUCACAGAGAUCCGGGACCUGGUAACGGAGGUGAUCGAGGUGGAGGAGCUGGUGCAGCACUACCCCGGUGAAGAGUAGGGGCGGGUCAGAACCAGAACCUCUACAGAGACUUUUAAACAAAUAUGCACGAAGUUACACGAGUCAUUCGAACUAGCCACUGCUCAGCUGACCCGAGCCCGUUUGGUUUCAGAACCAAACAGAGUUUUUAGGAGGAUUUUUAAUGUUUCCGCUCUGAUGAAGUUAAAUUUCAUCCCAGCAUGAAGACCGGAAGCGGAUCCGUCCUGACUGUGGCGCUGUAGAGCUGCAGUCACACAGCUUUAACCCCCAAAACCGGCCUUGAGUGUGCCAGGGCCGCUCCGGGGGAAAACUCAGGAAUGUUCGAGCUUCCCAGUUCGCAGGAAAACAAAACGUACUUCCAGAAGAACUGGUAAUGUCACAAAAGCCUGAAGACCAAAAAACCCACGAUGCUUCGUGUCAACUACAGAAACACAACAUGAGUUCAACUGCAAAUAAACUCAAGAGUUCAUCCAUCCAACCAAAACCAGUCUGGGUUCUUCGGAGAACCGCGUUAGGGUAGAUACAGGUGUGUGGUUAAGGCUCUUAUUUUGAAAGAAGUUCCUGCUGCAGGAGUAAAAACCUCCCACUGAAUCUUUUAUUUUCGAUUUUACUCAUGAAAGUCUCACCCAGGACCUUCGGUAGCAAAAACGAUAGAGACGGAAUGCAGUCAGGUUCUGGAGCUCCACAGGGCGCCGUACUCGGGCAGCUGAGUGUGUGGGGAUUUAAAUGUGAGUGUUUUCACACCGUUGUUGCAUUUUCACCAAAAGUGAACAAAAACAAGCAAAAGUUUCUCUGCCUCUCGUUCUUAUUAUGUUUUUGUAUUUUUGAUAUUUUAUAUUUUUUAACUGCUAUAAAUAUCCUCAGGGAUAUUCCUGAUUAUCCUGCCGGUGUUUCAAGAAGUUUUCCUCAGAAAACUUGUUGAAACUACUCGCGUCAGUAAAACAAAUUGGUUUUAAACUUUCUGAUCAUCGUUUGGUUUAAAUAAGACGAUCGUCCUGUUUUAACGUUCCUGGGGGGAACCGUAAUCCUGAUCGUUGGAAGUUUACAUGAAUCUGUUUAGACGUAAAAAACAGCACGCUGCUGAUGAGUUUGAGGAGAAUGAAGACAUUAAAUGAGCCGUAUGUUUACCAGAUUCAUAAAUAAAAGUGUCCACAACAAGUCUGAGGCUCUGAUCCUGGUGAUGAGGCUCCAGUCUUCAUGUUUCACACAUCAUCUGGACCUGAUUUAAAAUCUCAAGACCUAACGGUUUUCUCCAGAGUGCCUAAAUAAUACCCAGUGUAGCCUUGGACGUCUCACGUAGCGGUUACCGUGGAAACGGGUUUGGUUGUCUCACAGAGAUGCUCAGUAGAAGGUUGUGUGUGAACAUUUCUGCUUUGAACCUGUGAUUUAAUCAAACAUGACCUUGGAUGUGAUCAUGUGGUGUUUUAGGAAGGAUGAUGUCUGGAAUAAUAAGAAUAAUCUGGCUGAUUAAACAUCAGUGAUGUUUAAUGAGUCAUCAAAUGAAUCUGAACCCGUCCGACGCCAGUGUGCAGGUCUACGGUACCCAUGUGAUGAGAGCUCUCGGCGAUCUGGCUGGCCAGGAUGUCUUCUCAGCACGCACGUUGUUUUGAUAUCAAAGGACAUCUUGUGGAUAUUAAAGGCCGUAGCAUCAGCGGGUCAGGAGUGGGUGCCUGCGGGCGGCUGACGAAGCCGUUUUGGUUCUGAAGGGUGGUUCUACACCGCUAAAGAUCUGCUAUAUCUCACAAGAGGCUCUCAUUCAGCAUUUAGCAGGAGCUGGAUUAUAGAGGAAGUGAUUCUCUAUUUAAGGGCCCACUGAAGACGAACCAAUCAGAGACCAGAACAUGUAGGAGGCGUUCAGAAAGCGUGCUCAGAGGGCUGCUUCCCUCACUGUGGGUUCUAAACAUGAUAUAACGCUAAUACACUUAUUAUUUUUUAUUUUGGACCGUUGUGUAUGCUCAUGUCUAUCUUUACUGAUACUGGAAUGUGACACGACUGAUAAUAAAAUCAAGUCUAAUGCAUAAAUCAUGCAUUUCUACAUGAAA